UUUAAGCUAACCAUUGCAUCAUACACGUGAGAACGAACGUAGAAACAGCGUUUCCGGCGUAGUUGCUGAAUUUUCGUGUAACACGAGUUCUUUAGAGUUGCCGAAUCAAAUAAAAGAAGUAAUUAUCAAGUUUUUUGACAGACACAAUCGAUAAACAAUUAAUUGGAGUACAAGAAUAUUCAAAAUGUUGGCUGUGUCAAGAUUAUUGUCACAAAGAUGUAUGGGAGUAAGUCAUGACGCUAAACGACGACAUUUUAGUACAAUCCUCAGAAACUCUAUCGCACCAACGUUAUACGUACCGCAAAGACAACAUGAAAUUCAAUAUCGAUACAAGUCUGAUGGUGUCAAAGGUGCAGUCAUUGGUAUCGACUUGGGAACAACAUUUUCAUGUGUUGCGGUUAUGGAAGGAAAACAAGCUAAGGUUAUUGAAAAUGCCGAAGGAUCAAGAACUACACCAUCUUAUGUUGCUUUUACAAAAGAGGGUGAACGACUUGUUGGUAUGCCCGCUAAAAGACAAGCUGUUACCAAUGCUUCUAAUACAUUUUACGCCACAAAACGAUUAAUUGGUCGACGAUUUGAUGAUGCUGAAGUCAAGAGAGAAAUGAAAACUGUGUCAUAUAAAAUAGUGAAAGCGUCGAAUGGUGAUGCAUGGGUGCAAGGUGGUGAUGGAAAAAUGUACUCUCCAAGUCAAAUAGGAGCUUUUAUUCUGAUGAAAAUGAAGGAAACAGCAGAAGCGUAUUUAAAUACUCCAGCAAAAAAUGCUGUUAUUACUGUACCAGCUUAUUUCAAUGAUUCUCAACGACAGGCCACCAAAGAUGCUGGUCAAAUUGCUGGUUUGAAUGUUUUGAGAGUCAUCAAUGAACCCACAGCAGCUGCGUUAGCGUAUGGCAUGGAUAAAACUGACGAUAAAAUCAUCGCCGUCUAUGAUUUAGGAGGUGGUACCUUCGAUAUUUCAAUUCUCGAGAUACAAAAAGGUGUUUUUGAGGUUAAAUCAACUAACGGAGACACGUUCUUAGGAGGUGAAGAUUUUGAUAAUGCUCUAGUAAAUUAUCUUGCUUCUGAGUUCAAAAAAGAUCAAGGAAUCGAUGUGACCAAAGACACGAUGGCUAUGCAACGUCUUAAGGAAGCAUCGGAAAAAGCUAAAAUUGAAUUAUCAAGUUCACUUCAAACUGACAUCAAUUUACCUUAUCUAACGAUGGAUGCUGGUGGACCGAAACAUCUAAACUUGAAAUUGUCACGCAGUAAAUUUGAAAGUUUAGUUGGUGAUUUAAUCAAAAGAACUGUCCAACCAUGUCAAAAAGCUCUUUCUGAUGCUGAAGUAUCGAAGAGUGAUAUUGGAGAAGUUUUGUUAGUCGGUGGUAUGACACGUGUACCGAAAGUACAAGCAACGGUUCAAGAAAUUUUUGGUAGACAGCCAUCGAGAGCUGUUAAUCCUGAUGAAGCUGUAGCUGUUGGCGCUGCUAUUCAAGGUGGCGUUUUGGCUGGAGAUGUUACAGAUGUUCUAUUACUUGAUGUCACACCAUUAUCACUUGGUAUUGAAACUCUUGGUGGUGUCUUUACACGUUUAAUCUCUAGAAAUACAACAAUUCCAACCAAAAAGAGUCAAGUAUUUUCCACCGCAGCUGAUGGCCAGACUCAAGUAGAAAUCAAAGUCCAUCAAGGAGAACGUGAAAUGGCGUCAGACAAUAAACUUUUAGGACAGUUUACUCUAGUAGGAAUUCCACCAGCACCACGAGGAGUUCCUCAAAUCGAAGUCACUUUUGAUAUCGAUGCCAACGGAAUUGUCCAUGUAUCAGCUAGAGACAAGGGAACUGGUAAAGAACAGCAGAUUGUUAUUCAAUCGAGUGGUGGAUUAAGUAAGGAUGAGAUAGAAAAUAUGGUGAAGAAUGCUGAACAGUAUGCCAAAGAAGAUAGAAUAAAAAAAGAUCGUGUCGAAGCUGUUAAUCAAGCUGAAGGUAUUGUUCAUGAUACUGAAGCUAAAAUGGAAGAAUUUAAAGCACAGUUACCACAAGAAGAGUGUGACAAAUUAAGGGAUUUAAUUAGUAAAGUUAAGGACACAUUACUAAGAAAAGAUGAAAUGGACCCAGAAGAAAUCAAGAAACAAACAAAUGAAUUACAACAAGCUAGUUUGAAAUUAUUCGAAAUGGCAUACAAAAAAAUGGCAGCAGAACGUGAAGGACAGAAUCAAGGCUCACAACAACAAGAUGCUAGUGAACAACAGGGAGAACAAAAGAAGGAGGAGAAGAAUUAAAUAUUGAAUUAUUACAUUAGAAAUUUAUAUAAAAAUAAUGUUAAAAAAAUGGCAUAAAAAUCCGUACAUUCUCUCGUUAAGUUUUUUAUUUCUCUUUUCUUUUUUAAAUAAAAAAAAAUAAACAAAAAAAUAAGCCGAAAGGGAAAAUAUUUCCUAUUUUCUUGUAUUGCUAAUUUACAUAAUUUGUAGUUUCUUUUUGUACUUGAAUGAAUCUAGUGAAACGAAAUAAUUAAGUUCGUUAAUUGUUAAUAUUAAGUCGUAAAUAUAAUGUUUGGAUAAUGAACGCAUAAGACUUAGUGUAGAUGAUGAUAUAAUACGAUUAUCAAUAAGACCAAGAAAAUAGAAAAAUAAAUUUUCUUUUUAUUAUGAAAAAUGGUCACCAAUAAAAUGCUAUUUUACGUUG